AUGAGUCGAACUUGGGUUGUCUGAAUGACCUGAAAAGAAAUCUCAAGAACAAGUACCAGAAUGUGUUGGAAGGAAUAGCCAAACAUGGAAGCUCUGUUCUGCUAGACAAUAUCUACACAGAUCUCUACAUCACUGAGGGGGGAAGGGGAAAAGUAAAUGAAGAGCAUGAAGUCAGACAGAUUGAAUUCAAGUCCAAGAGUCUAGCUGGGCAGGACAAACCAAUCAAAUGUGCAGACAUCUUUAAACCCUCUCCUGAUCAGGACAAACCAAACAGAAGAGUUCUCACAAAGGGGGUGGCUGGCAUUGGCAAAACUAUCUCUGUGCACAAGUACAUCCUGGAUUGGGCUGAGGGAAAUGACAACCAAGAGAUCAAGUUCAUCUUCCCACUGUGCUUUAGGGAGCUCAAUCUAAUGAGAGACAAGAAGUUCUCUUUGAUGGAUCUUCUUUAUGGCUUCUUUCCAGAUCUUAAAAAACUAUCCGUUGACAUCCAGCAUAAAUUUAAAGUGUUGUUUGUCUUUGAUGGUCUGGAUGAGUGUCGGCUCCAGCUAAACUUUCAUACAAAUGAAAGCUUGAGUGACAUAACAGUCGUCAAAUCAAUGGAUGUACUCUUGACUAAUCUCAUCAAGGGUAAUCUGUUCCCCUCUGCUCUCAUCUGGAUAACCUCUCGACCAGCGGCAGCCAGUCAAAUUCCUCCUGAGCAUGUUGACCUGGUGACAGAAGUGCAAGGCUUCAAUGACUUCCAAAAGGAAGAGUACUUCAGGAAGAGGAUCAACGAUGAGAGUCUUGCAAGAAGAAUCAUUUCCCACAUUAAGUCAACAAGGAGCCUCCACAUUAUGUGCUACAUGCCUGUAUUCUGUUGGAUUGCUGCUACUGUUCUUGAGAUGAUUUGUCUCUUAGGACACACACAGAUUCCAAAGACUUUGACAGAAAUGUACACAUAUUUCCUUAUUUUUCAAACCAGACAGAAAAAUACUAAAUAUGACGAUGUGCCUGACCCUGAGCCCCAAUGGAACCAUAAGCUGAUCCUAAAUCUGGGAAAGCUAGCCUACAAACAGUUAGAGAAAGGAAAUCUGAUAUUCUACGAAGAGGACCUCAGGGACUGUGGCAUUGAUGUCAAAGAUGCAACAGUGUACUCAGGUGUAUGCACCCAGAUCUUCCGAGAAGAAUCAGGGAUCUUUCAUGGGACAGUGUUCUCCUUUGUGCAUCUCAGCAUCCAGGAGUAUCUCGCUGCUCUGUAUGCAUUUCUGAAGAUGGCAUUUAGAAGGAAAGACAUACUAUCAACAGUCCCUCAAAAGGCAGACUCCAUGAUCAUCUUGCAUAAGAGUGCCGUGGACAAAGCUUUUGCUUAUGAAGAUGGGCGCUUUGACCUCUUCCUCCGUUUCCUGCUUGGCCUUUCUCUGGAGUCAAACCAGUCUCUCCUGCAUGGUCUGAUCAAUAGAGGACAGAUGGGCAUUAUGGAGAAGAUGAGGGCAGCUCUUGGCCAAGCUGGCCAUCAAGGCCAACUGAAGAAAUGGCAGAUGGACAAUGACAAAACAAUCAGGUACAUUAAAGAGAAGAUAUUGGAUGUUUCCUCAUCUGAUAGAAUGAUCAACCUCUUCCACUGCUUGAAUGAACUCAAUGACCACUCCUUAGUGGAGGAGAUCCAGAGCUACCUGGAUGCAGAGACACUUUCUGAAGCAAAGCUCUCACACGGCCAGUGGUCAGCUCUAGUGUUUGUGCUGCUGACAUCAGACCAGAAUCUGGACGUGUUUGACUUGAAGAAGUACGUCAGAUCUGAUGAAGCUCUCCUGAGGUUGGCGCCAGUAGUAGAGGAAUCCCACACAACUCUGGUUGAUAGCUGUGGGCUCACUGCACAGAGCUGCUCAACACUAGCCUCUGUGCUCUGCAAGCAAUCAUCAAAUCUCAGAAAACUGGAUCUCAGUGGCAACUGCAUUGGAGAUGCUGGGAUCAAGGAACUGUGUAGUGGCCUGAAGAAUCUGAAUUGUUCACUGAAGACCCUGAAGUGA